AUGAAAUCGCUGAGGCUGACAAAGGCAUUCGAGAUCGGCGAGUCCAAGCCGCCCAUUCUGCCGCCUUGUAUGUUCCCGGGGACGGACAACUCCUACCUGCCUGCCCGUGCAACCUGCUCCCACCGCCGCCUGCCCGCAGAGGGCGCUCGGGCCCCGCCACUCUGGCCGCUAAUGGCGGCGGGGGGAAGAGGGGGGGUGGCGGCGGCGGCGGGCAGGAGCUCGGCCCGGUUCGCUCCUCGGCCCGCGUCUUCCAUGAGGCCAAACGGCCCUCCGGUAGCGGCGGCCGCGGGAGGUGAGCGGCGCCGGGCGCGCCCGGCUGGAUCCCCGGAACAGGAGCAGCCGCAGCAGUUCUCGCCAGGUUCCUGCAUGGGAUUGGGAAGAGCUGUGAGCUGCAGCAUCCAUCUGGCUGCAGAGGGCUGUUCACAGAGGGAUAUUCCAGCCUCGCUAAGGUGGAUUUGUGGAUUUGCAGGGGGGAAGAAUGGAGGCAGGACUCAACUUUGGAAAUUGAAAUCUGGAGGAAGGAUGGCUUCCCAGCUGUCUGCACAGCCUUCCCACAGCUCCCCAGUGGAGAAGAGGGGAUUGUGCCUAAAUGGAACACCCUGGAUGUGGCAUCUCCUGGAGGAAUGCGUGGAGACAGCCUGGGAGUCCUGGAGUGUUGUCAUGGGGCUGACCUCCAUUGUCUGCUUUCUCUUUGCUGCUCUCCCGCAAAUGUACGUGGCCUGGCGCAACGGGAGAGUGGAUCGAGCGCUGUCGGUGGGCUUCCUGCUGUGCUGGCUAGCUGGAGACCUGACCAAUUUUGUAGGCUGCUAUUUAACCAAGCAGCUGCCAAUUCAGAUGGUCACUGCUGUUUUUUAUGUCAACAUGGAUAUCAUCAUGAUUUCCCAGUUUGUCUACUACAGGCUGAAGAACCAGGAGAAGAGGAGAUGCAGCAAAAGCCUGAAGAGUCUCUGUCUAAGCUGGGUCGUGGGGUGUGGAGCACUGUCUGCAAUUCUGCUCUCCCAGCUGCUAAUGAGGAGCCAAGGGCAGAGUACAGUGAGCAAAAGGAGUAAUCACUCUCUUGAUAUGAUUGAAAUGUCAGGCUUCAUUUGUGGCUACAUCUCCUGUGUCUUCUACCUGGGAAGUCGAUUUCCUCAGCUCUAUAAAAAUUUCCAAAGAAGAUCCACAGAAGGCACCUCUUACCUCCUCUUUGCCCUAGCCAUGAUGGGAAACUGUACCUAUGGACUGAGCCUUGUUCUAAAGAUGCCAGCUACCAAAUCCUUCCAAGCCCUCUACUUCCUGCACCACCUUCCCUGGCUCAUUGGGAGCUUUGGAGUUCUGUUUCUGGAUGUUUUUGUGACUCUGCAGUUCAUCCUCUACCAUCAGCACAAGGAGGAGGCACAGCCUGCUCUGGUGGCACUGGAGGUGGAACCCUUGCUGGUGACUGAGGAGGCUGCUUAG